GCACAUUUGUUUCUUUAAAGAAAAUGAAAAUCAUUUCAGCCUAAUUAGUCGUAGUGUACAUAGACCAUAAGUCAUAACGCACUAGUUCAAUCAAGUUAAACGUCUCGGAUACAAAUGGACAAAAUGACAAAUGGCGGCUUAGUCUACGUCAUCAACUCUGAUCACGGCAUCACGCCCCCUGACGGCUCCUUUGUCGAUCACCAUCUGGUGGCAAGAGGAUAAGACCGACAUUUACAUAUAGUGCAAUAUGUAGAUUUUUCCACAUCGUUGUCUUCAUUUUUCUUUUACUCUUACACCCUGUUAAAAUUAGUUAAAACAUCAGAAAUCGCAAUCACCAAACACCCCGGAAAAAUUGAGGAACCCAAAGGAUAUUUCAAUUGAAUUGAGAUUGCGUUGAUUUGAAUUGAGGAAACGAAAGGACAUCAACUCAAUUCAACUCACUUGUCUUCACCGCAUCACAACAAGUGGCUGGAAAGUCGCCCCUCCCUGACGACCACCGAGUCCGUUGGCGUCCGUUGGUGAGUUCUAAUGGAGAUAAAUUGGUUAAUGAUCUUCCUUUUACUCUGGGUUGUAUUACAAAAAUACGACAAUAAAUCAUAUGAAUAAAUAGAACGUGGAAAUAAACUUAAAAAAAAAUCUACAUGGGGUUCUCACGCAAAUAAUUUCCUUGAAAACUUAUUUUGCCAAAACUAAAUCACAUGCAAUUAAAGAUUUAAAAAACAACGGCAACAACAACAUUAAACAAAUAAUGAUUAUUGUCGCCUACCUAUCUGUCCAAGCUAACCCAAUUACUGCUAGACAUAUUUUUACAGUUCUUCAGAAAUUUGAAGUGAAUGCAGCAAGUUUACAUCACAUUCUAGAUCUUGGGAAACCGCGAUUAUAUUUACUUAUUGAAAAACAUAACGUCCGACAACGUCGCGUAUUUUUGUGGUUUUCAAACCGCAAACGUUUAGAAACAAACUGUACGACAGCCUUGGUUGGUUAAACUAAAUUGCACGGCAACUAUUUUUUGUGGUAGUUGCCACUCGUGAAAAAAAAAAGCAAAGCAUCGACAGCAAAUAGUCUUCCUUGAAUUGCAGAAUGAAAUCCAACACAUCUUCGAACCGCAUUUUUAUUAACUAUCUCUUGUGCUUCCUGUUGUUUCCUGACAUUCUCUGCCUCGCCACACCCUCUAAUCAAAGAGAUCGACAGGAAAUUCAUCAGACUCUGAUGAAUUUCAUCUCUGAUGAUCAGAGAGCCGCUCAGAAUUGGAGGCUCAGAUACGCUUUUAACUCCAAUUCCCGUACGAAUAAUAGAUGUCCGCCUGAACAACGUCUUAACCGACAGGGGAAAUGUGUACACGGCGGACAAAUUGCAAUUGGAUAGACAACACUGACACACAAAUAAUCAGAGACAUCAGGAUCACUUCCUAUAAGCUGUGUGUACUUGAAAUCGACCAUUUGCCAAACUUCUAUUAAACACUUCGUGAAUAUGAUUAAUACCAAGCCCACGUUCAUUGAAACAAUUUUAAGGCAAAUAGACUCGAAACAAAAUUCAGAUUCUCCCGAGUAUUUGGUCUCUUUUGGUGUGACUUUGUGGCCAGAAGGCAGACAUUUCAGUUUGCAUCAAGAGAUUGUGCAUAUUUUAAAGCAGUUCGUAUUGAAACUGAAUCUACUUCUGAAACUGGCCCCAGAAGAACGUUAAACGCCACCUAUUCGUCGAUUCCUCAAAUGGGUUCAGAACUCAUAACGGUAUAAAAGAAGACGUAACCCAAAAGAACAACCUAUAUAAGGAACGCCAAUUUCGUGUUAGGACCCUGCACCUGAAAUGCCUUGGUUUCUUUCAGUGUCAGUCAUUCUGGAUUUCUCUGACGACGUGGCUGGUUUUUAUCAUCUUCUGCCUUUGAAAAAUGAAUUGAAAUGUUAAAAAAUCACAUCAGCUCUUGUUUGUUAUUAACAAGCAGACGUACUUUCGUGGAAAGUAAAGCGGCGUUGCUAAUUUAUGCAAUUCAACCGCUUAAUAAAAAAAUACGAAUUCAAAGUUCAAACUGGUAAAGCACACAUAAGAUAAUAGAGUAAUUAACCGGUGUCUUUACCUGUGGUACGAAUAAUCGAAUGAAUUUGCAUGCUUUGUCAGUUGUCACCCUGAGAUAGGAAUAGAAGUAUCCCUGGUCCGUGUUUUCUUAAACUGGCCCGGAAGAAUUUUUACUGCCAUCUAUUCGUCGAUUCCUCAAAUGGGACAGAACUCAAAACGUGUCAGUCGUUCUGGAUGUUUGAGCUUGUUUUUAACAUCUUCCGCCUUUGAGAAAUGAAUCGAAAAGUGAAAAAAUCACAUCAGUUGUUGUUUGUCCACAACAUCUUGUUCUUCUUUUUCCUCUGUGGAUCAAUCUGCACUUCAAACACUAAUACGAUUCGGGCGAAAAGUCAUAUUUCAAACAAUGAGAAUUUCGCGGAGAAAAGAGAAGAAUGCAACAGAGUAGCUGGUAACCCAAACGACGAGGAACUAGGCGGUUUUUUAGUGAAAAUAUUGAAAAGUCUCGGAGCAGAAUUGGAAGAGUACGUGGAAUAUGGCGACGACGAACACGCCCAAACUGUUCUAAGCGAAAUAAAAAAUACAUGGGAAUGUAUAGCCCUAAACCAGAAAUCGUUGGCGAAUUCUGGCGAGUCGCCUGAAUCUCUGAAAAAGUACAUGGCUAAAAUUCUAUUUCUCGUCAAGCAUCGAAAUUGCGAGUCACCAGACGAGACAUUUUUCAAUGGCAAAUGUCUUCCCAUCAGUACAACAAAAAGGAGCGAACAUUGUCCAAAGCACAUGGGACUAUAUGACAACGAUGAAAAUAACACAGGAUUUUGUGACUGUCUGGAACUGACGAAAGAACAAGCGAAAUCAGAACUACGGCCAAUAUAUUCGGAUGAGACUGGCAUCUGUCAUCGGCAAAAUACUCAGGUGACACGGAAGUUUAACUAUACACGCAAGAAUUACAGGUUUACUGUAGCUCCCGAUUAG